AUGUUUGAUUCAAGAAAUUUGCUAAUUGAAAGUAAUGUAGGACCUUUCGUCGUUCGCGAGUUGAGGGGUGUGGUGUGCGAAAAAGAGCCCGGUACGAUCGGUAUCGUGGUCUCACCCCGCCUUAAUUUUACCGAAAUCGCUAUAAAUGAAGCGAAAGCUUCUAAAUAUAUUAAAAACAGAUCGAAUAAAUCUAAGCAUCCUAUCAUCUUGACGGAUAUAUCUCACCUCCCUCAG